GUAGACACUGGUGUUGGAAAGACAGUCGCCACUCGACGUCCGCACAGAACGGAAAGGAGUUCAACACAAUCGUGUGUAUCUAAUUUUUCGAAAGUUUUUUUUAUUUUUUUGAAUUUUUAAUACAUAUUUAAUAUGUAGAAAGAGAAAAUUUUUUUGAAAAUUUGCAAAAAAAAUUGAGAAAACUAAUUUUUUUAUUGGUGAGAAAAAAAAAGAGUGCACGUGACAGUGUACCUCUCACUGUGAAGACAACGACCCUGGGUGAUCGUGUUUGCUUCGCUAAAGUGCAAGGACUGUGGGGUGAUAGUGCUUCUGUAGUACACUGACACGGAAUCAGCGCUUACUUUGAUUUCAACAAAAGAAGUAGAUUUUUUCUUCUCUAUUUUUCUUCAAUUUAAAGUGUCAAGGUCGUUACUUUGAACUGAUUUUCAGGUGAUUAAAGUGCAAAUCUAGAAGUAUUUCUCGCCUUUUUCAGUAACUGAAAAACAAGAUAUUAUGAGAUAAUUUUUUUUUUUUUCGAAGAAAAUAAAACAACUGUCACUGGAGAAUUAAAAGCUCUUCAAACACGUGCGACGACAAUAACGGCACAUGUAAGCACCGGUGCGAGAUUAGCGACUUGAUGGAACUAGCGAAGAACCAAUCGCGUACAAGCUGUUUGGCACGAGCCAUCGGCGAAAUGAGAUGGGUUGGGGUGAAGUGAAAUGGAAGGGAAAAUUAAAACCAAGUGAAAUGAACUGAUGAGAGAAAGUGUAUAACUCGUCGCAGGUACGAGUUGAGCACGUGUAAAUUAUUUAUUUAUUAUUUUUUUUUUUUUGAAAAUUAAAAAUCAUAAAAGUGAUUUUAAAAAGUGAAAAUUAUUUGUUCGAUGAAUAAAACUUGGCGAGGUGUUUAGCCGUGCGCGAUAUUUGUAAAUAGCCACGGAAAGGGAAACGAUUUUGCAAUAAUUUAUUAUAAACGAACGAAGAAGUUAUAUUACAAGGCAGGAAAAAUUGAUGACAGUGACGAGAGGAGACAGUUCACGCUACUACCAUAUUAUUUUAUUGGAUAUCGCUCUUACUGACUUCCUUCACGAUAACGGCACUAUCAAUGCGUCGUCUAAUAGAGGGAAGGUGACCUAAAUCUAAAGCCUACGAUCAACGUCCGAGAGGGAAAAAUGAUCAAAAUCAAUUUGAAACGUUCCGCCAAACAUUGGAGGAUUACUUUGUUUUUCCUGGGUUUUCUGGGAUCAUUGGAACUUAUUGAUUCAGCUCCAGUGAAUCCAGAAAGAUUAAAGGAAAAUAUAACGUCACUGUCAUUACAUAGAAGAUCAUUGGGACAGGAUUUUGAUUCACCGGUUAAUUUAGCCUGGCAGGCUUGGCUUUUACAAAGUUCUCAACCUGGUUCUGAUUCUGAUCAAAAUUCAUCAACCGCUAAUAAAAGAAUAACGCCAAAAAGUGUAUUUAUAGCACCACAACUUGAAUUGGAACCCUGUGCCGAAGGCUAUAAAGCAGACAGUAUGGGAAGGUGUCAAAAAAUUGUCAACAUUGAUCAGGAGGCCUAUGAUAAUUUUGUAUUACAACAAUUAAAUAAAUUAUUAGGCAAGGGACAAUCAUCGGAAACAAGUUCUUCUAAUGAGAAAAAACAAUCGUCGAUACCAACAGGUCCAAUUCAAGUAAAUAUUCCACUUCUUUUAGAAACAAACAAAGGCGAAACAAAUUCACAGGAGGAGGAAAUUCCCCUUGAAGCAAUACCUCUGGAAACAAAGAAAGAGGAAUCAUUCAUUGACUAUAAUGUGAGGAAUGAAACAAUUUCCAAUGAAGAUGAAAAUGAAGAAGAAGAAGAAGAAUCAUUGUUUCUUGAUUCGAAUUUCACAGUUCAGAAGGACAAGGAAUCACCUGUUGUACCCGUAGCAAUAUUUAAUGACGAGUCAAACGAAACGUUCACCGACAUUGUUGAUUACAAGAUUCCAUUGGGAGUAAAAAAAAUUGUUAAUCGUACAGAUUUAAAGGAAGAAUCAAUACAAACGGAAGAUUCUUGGAAUGAGGAGGAAAAUUCCACAAAAGAUGAAUUUUUAACGAAGGAAGAAUAUUUAACAACUAAAUUAGAUGAGGACUCACAGGAAAGCACAACUAUGGCACGUGACACUAGAAUAGAGAACAUGACCGAGAGUCCAAUUCGAAAGGAGAUCAUAAAUGUUGAUAUUGAUUCAGAAAUGGAAACUUGGAAGAACGAGAGCGACGCGUCACCAAUUCGAGGUACAAAGAAGAAUGAGACGAUUGAAACUACUGACGUUGUUUAUGAGGAAGAAUUUGAACCGGAUCUUGAGGACCAGGAUUACUUGGACACAACUCAAGUAUCAGAGGAAGACUCCGGGGAAUCCGAGGACGAGAUCCUCAAACAUGGGGAGACAGGCAUGACAAUUCCAAUUGAGAAUCAAACCCUGAUUCGAUCUGGUAAGAAAAAGAAGAAGAAAAAUACAACAACAACAACGCAAGUACCAAAAGAUGACUAUCCAAUGGAAACAACAACUUUUUUUAACAUCGAAAGCGAUUCCAUUGCGACCACCGAGAGAGGUGGUGAGGACCUCGAGAGUAACGUAUCGAGUGAAGUCAGCAUCAACAAAGACUUCAUCGUGGAAACGACUCUUCUCGACGUAAAUAGUGGAAAGGUGAAAAAUUCCACGGAACCUGUUUCUGCAAAUAGCACCACAGCCAUCAGCCAACAGAACAGAGACGAUUUGAAAGCACUCUUUGAGCCCGAAAAAAAACUCAUUACGGAACCAGAGGUCGUCUUCUCGCCACAGGAUAAUCGUGGCUCGGACCUUUAUGGCAGGAAACGAGAUGGGCAGCUUCUUAAGACUAAUUUUCAGUCAAUCAAGGAAUCAUACAAUUUGACUACCACUGAACCACCACCUGUGGUUUCAAAGCCACUUCCACACUCGGCUCGUCUUCGUGAUCCCGUCGUUCGUCCAACAGAAGAAGAACAAGAAGGAAACUUUCAUAGCAAGAGAAUUCUACCAUUAAACAUCGAAAGCAAGUUUCCAUUACAGUCAGCCAACCUUGACCCAAAGCCAUCGUCUGACUUUGGAAAUUACAGACCAACUUCAAAUCGCAAUGGUCAAAAUUUUGUCAAAUUUCCCAAUAACGAAAGAACACGUCAAAGUUACGUUCGAUUUCCCUCCGAUGACGUUAAUAGUAUUCACAGUCCCGAAUUUAAAGAUAGAUUCACCUUUUCACGUGAGGAAUAUCCCAAUUCAUCGGGUAAUACAAAAAAUAAUCUCCCAUUUAAUCAGAAACAACUUGGAUGGCGAUUUCCAUCAGCAAGAGAUCAAGCCUCUUCAUCCUCAAAUCAAAAUCUCUUGAGAUUCUGGAAAAGAAUGCCUCUCCUUAGGGAUCCAAGUUUAGAUCCAAGGUAUCCUCAAGAAAAAGAAGCGAGUUCCAGGUCAUCCAGAGUUUCUCCCUCGAGAAGAAUAAAUUUCUACUCGGAAAAAUUGCCACCGCAUGAAGUAAAGAGAGUCUUCUCUCAGAAUAUGCGUUCAUCUAUUGAAGGAUAAAAGAAACAUAAAAGCUGGGAUGCUUUUCUUUAAUCGAAAAUAAAGUGUGGAUAACCGCUCCGACGUCUUUCAGAACGGUGCCAAAUAAGUAUGAGCUAUUCCUCGAAGCUGGAACACGUGAGAGAGAGAGGGUCUGCUUCGAUAAUUUGCGAUUGCGCAAGAACGGAGUUUAGGAAUUCAUACUGUCCGGUCUUCUUCUCGCCACGAAAGCGAGAAAUAAAGACACGAAAAAAAAAGUCUCAUAAUUUUUCUGUGAUUUCAGAAAGAUUUCAUGCAAAUUUUUUUUUAUAAAGAAAACUAAUUGUAGUUUUCGAAAGAAAUAAUAAAAAAAACACACACACACACACGCGUGCGCGCGUAAAAGUCAAUCUACAAUGAUCGAGUGAAAACUUGAAUCGGAGAAAGUGGAGACGACGAAAGUUGCGAGGACAUUGCACAACAUUGAUGUUAUUCAGUUCUAUCACGGAUAUCCUUUCGAGAGAAAGAAUAUAUGGCUGAAGAAGAGAGAAUGGAUUCAACAAUAAAAUGCACAUGGAAGCCAAUUUAUUUGGACAUUUAGGAGAUUGUUGUUACUACUUGAAUGCUUCCAUAAUAAUAUAUAAAAAAAAAAAAAUCCAAUUUUUUACUAAGCAUAAAUUUAAAAUAACGCUUCAUCAUGUAAGAGUAAUUAUUUGUAUAUUCCAAAUUUUAUAAAAGCUAACAAUCUUUUUGUAAGUUUAAUACAAAUAUUCAUACAGGUAGACUAAACUGCGUUUAAGUAGUUAUAGCAAUUCUAAAUGAUUUUUUUAAAAAUAUUUAUUCAUAUUUGGAACUUAUGAAUAUUCUCCACAAUCUUUUGAAUUUCAAGAGGGAUAAAUAAAAUUCCGUCAAAUCAAAAAAUGAAAAUUUUAUCAAAUAAAAAUUCAUUCGACUAAAUAAAAAUUUGACCACAUAAAAUUCAGCCCCCUGAAAAUUUUUGAAUUAAUUAAUUACAGGAAAUAUUCAUACGUCUCAUUCAUGUACAUUGUUACAUGAGAAAAUAUAUUUAAAAAAAAAGGAAAGAAAUAUUCGACCUUCUACAGAGAGUCCAUAAACAAAAUUAACAAACAAAAAUUAUAUUUUUCCAUUGAAAAAAAGUUUGAAAAACUUAUUAAUUUUUAUAUUAUAAUAAAAAAAAUCUAAAAAUACUUUGAAAACAAAGUAUAAAUAAUUGAUUCAAAAUUCUAAAAUUAAAAAAAAAUUAUAAAAUACAAUUUUUGAAAAAAUGAGAAUAACCAGAAUCGAUUGCGAGGAAGGUCUUUUUAUAUAAAAUUUUCUAAAUCAAAUGUUUAAAACAAAAAAAAAAACAAAAAUCGUCGAAAUUUUGUAUACUAACAAAAUUUAAAUAUUGCAUGAUUACCGCUUCUUUAAUACGUUUUCUAUUUGAAUAUAUUGUAGUAAAUUUCUAUCUUAUAUCAAUGUGCUCUUACGAUAUAUUCUAUAUAGUGAAAUAAAUUAUUAUAUAAAGAGUAAUUAUUCGUAAAAUUGUAGCUACUCUUAUAAAUUUUGGCAUAAUAAUUAUUAUUAAAAAUGUGACAAAAUUUCAAGAAUUGUGACUGUAUCUAAUAAAUUUUUACAGUUUGAUAGUCAUUUUAUUAUAUGCAUUUAAAAUAAAGAGCACAGAUUAUUGUAUAAUGUAUUCAGUGCGGUAGGUGCAUGCAUUGUCGAGAUGUACGAGAAUCCACUAAAUUUAAUAUGGAUAUCGAUGUUAGGCGUAGAUUACUGUCAAAUUAAUUGACAAGUACAUAACAAAAUAAAAACAGAAAAAAAAGAAAAAAAAAAAAAAAAAAGCUACCCCCUGAAGAGAAAAGGACGAGUGUGCGUUUGGUACAAAAAAAAAAAUAGUACCUUGAUAGACUGAAUGUAGUGUAUUAUUUUAUUUAUAUGAUCAUCAUGAUCCUAUUUUGCAAUAUAAAUCCCAAUGAAAAGAUUACUGCGAUUUUUCCUCAAGCGUCUCAAAAUUGUACUAUAUAUUAUUUUUCGAUUUAAUUUUCUAAUUAUUAAAAUUCGUCUAAUUAAUCAAACAAGAGGUGGCGAAAAAUUGACCUACAUGAUCAUUUGUAAAAUUGAUCAGUAAUAUUGUUACUAGAGAUUAAUGUGUGUUUUUUGAAAUAAAAAAAAAAAAAAAAAAAAAAGAAUGUGUCUGUAUUAAUGUAUCGAUUCACAAGUAAUCUUCGUCCUUCGUUUGUGACGUUCCAAAGAAUUAUGGCCUCUGCAAAUUGUAAAAUAUUCAAUUUUGUUUUUUUUUUAAUCUUCUAUUUGUUUUGCGUCGAAAAAAAAAUUAUUUAAAAUUUUUAGAAAUUUUGCUGAAAUGCAAGAUAUUAAUUUUAAAAUGUCUAUUUUUUCAUUUGUAUUAAAUAAUUGUAAAUUUUCAAUAAAUUAUUUAGUACAUACUUGACAUUGCGGCCAGUAACUUUAUAUUUCAUUUUUGUUUUAACGUCAAGUGCGUUAAUUUAUGUACAUAUUAAUUUUAUUAAAGAAAAAAAAAAAUGUAUAUACAGCGUAAAAAGCGAUGCAAGUGUUAACUCUGUCGUAAAGAUGUAUUGAUUGUAUUGUAUUAAAUACUAUUGUAUUAUUUAUAGCUAAAUAUAUUGAUGUACAUUGCAUAUAUAUUA